CUGACCUUGGAACGCCGCCCAGGCACGGCUCCGGCUCGGGCUGCUCGGGGGGAGCGCAGCCCGGGGGGUCCCCGCACCCCCAGCCCCUCCUGGUUCCGACGGGAGCUUUGCUGCGAGCGAUCGCUGUAACCGCUCCCCUUAAUUGGCGCUUUGCUGCCGGGGCCCCUCCCGCGCUGAAAGGCCGCGGCUCCGGCGCCCUGCCGGCCGCUCCCGUGAACGUUUCUGUGGAUUACAUCCGUCCUGCCAGCAGCGCCACCGAGACCGUGCCGGCCUUUUCGGAGCGCACCUGUGCCACCGUGUCCAUCGGGGGCAUUAACAUCGCGGAGGCGCUGGUCAGCAAGGGCCUGGCCACGGUGCUGCGCUACCGGCAGGACGAUGACCAGCGCUCGGCGCACUACGAUGAGCUGCUGGCGGCCGAGGCACGGGCCAUCAAGAACGGGAAGGGGCUGCACAGCAAGAAGGAGGUGCCGAUCCACAGGGUGGCCGACAUCUCCGGGGUAAGGAUGCGCUGGGGCGCGGGGUGGGGCAGCGGGGGCAGCCCCACGGCUGUGUUACCAAGGGGAUCAAUGUGUUAUCAACGGGAUCAAUGUGUUACCAGUGGGAUAAACCCCACGUCUGUGUUACCAACGGGAUCAAUGUGUUAUCAAUGGGAUCAAUGUGUUACCAACGGGAUCAAUGUGUUAUCAAUGGGAUCAAUGUGUUACCAACGGGAUCAAUGUGUUAUCAAUGGGAUCAAUGUGUUACCAACGGGAUCAAUGUGUUAUCAAUGGGAUCAAUGUGUUACCAACGGGAUCAAUGUGUUAUCAAUGGGAUCAAUGUGUUACCAACGGGAUCAAUGUGUUAUCAAUGGGAUCAAUGUGUUACCAACGGGAUCAAUGUGUUAUCAAUGGGAUCAAUGUGUUACCAACGGGAUCAAUGUGUUAUCAAUGGGAUCAAUGUGUUACCAACGGGAUCAAUGUGUUAUCAAUGGGAUCAAUGUGUUACCAACGGGAUCAAUGUGUUAUCAAUGGGAUCAAUGUGUUACCAACGGGAUCAAUGUGUUAUCAAUGGGAUCAAUGUGUUACCAACGGGAUCAAUGUGUUAUCAAUGGGAUCAAUGUGUUACCAACGGGAUCAAUGUGUUAUCAAUGGGAUCAAUGUGUUACCAACGGGAUCAAUGUGUUAUCAAUGGGAUCAAUGUGUUACCAACGGGAUCAAUGUGUUAUCAAUGGGAUCAAUGUGUUACCAACGGGAUCAAUGUGUUAUCAAUGGGAUCAAUGUGUUACCAACGGGAUCAAUGUGUUAUCAAUGGGAUCAAUGUGUUACCAACGGGAUCAAUGUGUUAUCAAUGGGAUCAAUGUGUUACCAACGGGAUCAAUGUGUUAUCAAUGGGAUCAAUGUGUUAUCAAUGGGAUCAAUCCCACCUUUAUGUUAUCAAUGGGAUCAACCCCACAUUUGUUUUAUAAACAGGAUCAACUCCACCUUUAUGUUUUAUCAAUGGGAUCAGCUGCAU